AUGCCGUGGUGGCAGCGGGCCCCGGCGGCGCGGCGGCGCUGGGCGCUGCUGCUCGGGCCGCUGGCGCUGCUCGCCGCCGCCUUGGCGCUGCGCGGCACCGCCCGCCCCGGCCCCGCCGACCACCCCCGCCUCUACCGGGCGCUGGAGCUCUCCCCCAGCCGCAGCAUCAACUGCUCGGGGGUCGUCCGCGGGGACCAGACAGCCAUCCAGGAGGCGCAGCUCUACAACCUGGAAGUGGCGAACAGAAGGGCUUCACCGACGCCCGGCGAGUACCUGAACAUUACGAGGGACUGCAGAGCCUUCAAGGAGACCCGGCGCUACAUCGAGUUCCCGCUCAGCCAGGAGGAGGAGGAGUUCCCCAUCGCCUACUCCAUGAUCAUCCACCACAAAAUCGACAUGUUUGAGCGACUCCUGCGGUCCGUCUACGCCCCCCAGAACGUUUACUGCGUCCAUGUAGACAGCAAAUCCCCGGCCGCCUUCCAGGAGGCCGUUAGGGCCAUUGCUGCCUGCUUCCCCAAUGUCUUCGUGGCCAGCCGCCUGGAAAGCGUGGUCUAUGCCUCCUGGUCCCGGGUGCAGGCCGACCUCAACUGCAUGCAGGAUCUCCUGCAGAGCCCUGUGCCAUGGCGCUACCUCAUCAACACCUGCGGCACCGACUUCCCCAUCAAGACCAACGCCGAGAUAGUCCGGGCGCUGCAGCUGUUGCAGGGCCAGAACACCAUGGAGUCCGAGAGGCCCUCGGCCGCCAAGAAGCAGCGCUGGGAGUAUCACCACGAGGUGGGGGAGACCAUCUCUCGCACUUCCCAGAAGAAACUGCCCCCACCCCACAGCUACCCCAUAUUCACGGGCAGCGCCUACAACGCCGUCACGCGGGACUUCGUGCGGUACAUCUUCGAGAACCCCACCGCACAAAAGUUCCUCGAAUGGUCCAAGGACAGCUACAGCCCUGACGAGUACGUUUGGGCCACCCUGAACCGCAUGCCGGGGGUGCCCGGGGGCACACCCCUCAGCGAUAAGUUCCAGCUCUCGGACAUGAACGCCCUUCCCCGCCUGGUCAAGUGGGAGUACCUGGAGGGGGACAUGAGCAAGGGCGCGCCCUACCCGCCCUGCACCGGCCGCCACCAGCGCUCCGUCUGCAUCUACGGAGUGGGCGACGUGCCCUGGAUGCUGCAGCAACACCAUCUCCUGGCCAACAAGUUCGACCCCGAGGUGGACGAUGCGGCCGUCCAGUGUCUCGAGGAGUACCUGCGCCACAAGGCCCUGUACGGCCGGGGGCUCUGA